UCAAACUUAAUUCUUCUCCUUGCUGUGCUUCCAGCAGCACUGGCUGCUGGAAAGAACUCUUUCCCCAUCAAACGUUCCAACAAAACCCAUUAGUGACCUAGCACUAGCAGCUCCCCGUGCCAUUCUCCCAUCCAACUCCGGCAUGUUCUAUGUCCAACUGGGCAUAGGCACUCCGGCUUUUGAUACCGUAAGCCCCAUGACCUGGUUACAGGUUCCAGAGCGCGAGCUUUGCUUUCCUGUGGACGAGGGAGGGUCCUUCGACCCCAACCACUCCUCUACGUUUACAUUGUUGAGCUCUGGCGACCCGAUGUGCUCUCCUCCCCUCGGCAAUAUUCCAUUGUCCAACGGCUCAUGCGACUACAACCUUGGAUAUAGCAAGGGAUUUUUCAGCACGGACAUACUCUCAUACUCUGUUGAUGAUGCUGCUGCUACCGAGGUUUCACUUAACGUGUCUUUCGGUUGCGGCUUAUUCAAUCAAUUGGCUUUCGGUGGUGACGACGAAUCAGGGAAUCCCAUCUCCGGUGUGAUGGGAUUGGGUCUCGGUCAUCCUUCCGGUCUCCUUACCCAACUCCGGCCGGUCAUGAUGGACCGGUUUUCCUACUGCAUUCCACCUCUGUUUCCAGUUUCCAAUAGAAGGUGAUCUUCAGGAAGGCAAGGACGCGACCUUGGACUUCAGUCCUCAAGCUGUCCUUACCGGGGCGGUACAGAGUACCAGACUCCUCGAACAACCUCCCCUUCUAUACCACCACUACUACUUGAUCAAGGUCACCGGCAUCAUGGUCAACGGGAAUCUCUGCCGGCGGAAGGACUCACUUUCGGCAUUGACUCGAUUUCUCCAUACACUGCAAUGUUCAAGCCGUAUGUAGGAGUUGAGGGAUGUGGUUCUCAAACAUUUCAUGGACAAGUAUGGGAUGGCGCCACUGAACCAAACGCAGUCGGGUUUGGAGCUGUGUUAUGAGCUUCAAAAAUAUGAAGGACGAACCGAAUUUCUGAGCAGGGGACCGGCAGUUGUGCACUUGUGCUACACUUGGAGGGUGGAGCGCCUCUGGAGCUGCAAAAUGCCUCCGAGUUGUUUGAGGAUGAGGGCUGUCUCACCAUCAUCUCUGUUGAUGAUGAUAGGAGUAUGCCAAACCUUUUAGGGGUGCACAACCACAUGACUUACAGGUUCCAGUUCGAACCAGAUGACCCAGUAUGUGUUGAAGCAGCAAGGAGUGAAUUUGAUCUCUGUGAUCAUCUAUAUGUAAUGAACUUAAUGGUCUGUUAUUAUGUUAUGAAUCUCUGUGAUGACUAGGCCUAUAUCAUUUCCAGAAUGAUGAUCCUGUGGGAUAUGUAUUCCAGUAGCACUUGAUCA